GGCCUGGAUUUCUGCAUCGUCGCUUCUUCUCAAAUAUGAUUUUGGCUUUUGAUUUGAGCACCGAAAAGUUUCACGUGAUGAAUUAUCCCAAAACUUUAGUUCAGUUUGCACCUCAAAUGUCCUUGAUCAAAUAUGAAGAAUCCAUUGCAGUGGUUACAAGUGGAAGCUUUGAAGACAUUAAUGACGAGCAACUUGAAUUGUGGGUCAUGAAGGAAUAUGGUGUAGACAGUUCUUGGACUAUGGUGUUACAUUCAAUUGACGAAAAUGGAAAGCUGGUUUUUUAUGCAAGCUUGAAUGAUGUGUUCGGGGUUAGGAAGAACGGGGAAGUUUUAUUGACAGUGUAUGGGAAGGAGGAGGAGAAGGAGCUAGCUACACUGAGUUUGAGCUGCCACCAACAGGAACAUAAGCAGCAGCCGAAGCGUCUAAUUGGAAAAAUGAACAGUCUUUAUGAUGUGUUUGUCGGUAGCUACUUGGAGAGCCUGGUAUUACUUGACAAAGGGGAAAAAGAUAACUAUUUACCUCCUGAAAUCAUCACGCUCAUCCUCCAGAGACUCCCUGUGAAAUCGGCGGUGAAAUGCACCGCUGUUUGCAAGACCUGGUACGCUCUCAUCAAGCAUCCCUCUUUCAUUUCCAAUCAUCUGCAGCAGGCUGCGUCUCUUCGUGACGAUCUUCUCCUUCUCCGAUUCACCAGAGAUGACAAAGAAUUUUAUCAAUUGCGUCGCGAUAAUGAUGCCUUUGAGGAGUACAAGCAGUUCCAUGUACCAUUCGAGUGUGGUGGAUUUGGGGUUUUUAGAAUUGUUGGUACAUGUAAUGGGCUGAUUUGUCUCGCAGAUAUUUGGAGUAAUUCUUGCAAAUUCAUUUUAUGGAAUCCUUCCAUUCAUAAGCAUUUCACUUUGCCCAAGAUUGAUUUCACCUACAUUCUACCUGAUGAAACCUUCCUAGGUUUUGGGUUUGAUUCGGCAUCUGAUGACUACAAGGUACUUCUAGUUGUGGCUCGGGGUUACAACGAAGAUUUGACUGAAGUUUGGUUGUUUUCCUUAAACCGGAAUUCUUGGACGUGGCUUAGUGAAGUUUGUCCCAAGCAUAGUUGUGGUGGAGUUAGGGAGGCAGCUUUUGUGAGAGGUGUUUUGCAUUGGCCUGGAUUUCUGCAUCAUUUGACUGAAGUUUGGUUGUUUUCCUUAAACCGGAAUUCUUGGACGUGGCUUAGUGAAGUUUGUCCCAAGCAUAGUUGUGGUGGAGUUAGGGAGGCAGCUUUUGUGAGAGGUGUUUUGCAUUGGCCUGGAUUUCUGCAUCGUCGCUUCUUCUCAAAUAUGAUUUUGGCUUUUGAUUUGAGCACUGAAAAGUUUCACGUGAUGAAUUAUCCCAAAACUUUAGUUCAGUUUGCACCUCAAAUGUCCUUGAUCAAAUAUGAAGAAUCCAUUGCAGUGGUUACAACUGGAAGCUUUGAAGACAUAGAUGACGAGCAACAUGAGUUGUGGGUCAUGAAGGAAUACGGUGUAGACAGUUCUUGGACUAUGGUGUUACAUUCUAUUGACGAAAAUGGAAAGUUGGUUUUUGAUGCAAGCUUGCAUGAUGUGUUCGGGGUUAGGAAGAACGGUGAAGUUUUAUUGACAGUGCAUGGGAAGGAUCGUGAAAUGGAGCUAGCUACACUGAAUUUGAACUGCCACCAACAGGAACAUAAGCAGCAGCCGAAGCGUCUAAUUGGAAAUGGGAACGAUUUUUAUAAAUUGUUUGUCGGUAGCUACUUGGAGAGCCUGGUAUUACUUGACAAAGGGGAAAAAGAUACCGAGGGGCAGCCUGAAUCUGAAUGAAAGUGAAAUGACAUUAGCAAGUAAGUGCAACAUCUCUUCUUUUUCGUAUAUUUCCUCUGCAACUACUUAACUGGAACUGGUAUGUGUUUGAUAUACUAUCCUAGGAGUGUUUCUGUUUCAACUUGUGAACGAUAAUGUGGUCUCGUUAGAAGCCUCAUGUUAAUGUUCUAUGGCAGACAUAUUUCCCUUUAAUUGUCUUACACAAUACUUACUUCUUAUGUUAGAUGCUUGUAAUGCCUUUUUGUGCUAUUCUGCUACGCAGUAGUUACUUCUGAUAUAUACAAUUGAUGUUUGAGGGCGCACUUCCGCGGCCGUUUUCCAGAGGAGGAAAAGGAGCGUGAGAAGAAGAACUAGGGUUUGGGGAAGUUUGGUGUAUUAUUUUGCCCUCUCAUUAAGUAGUAGUACACCCCUUAAACAAAGUUCAAGAGUCCACAACCUAAAAAAAUACUCCGUACUAGUUUGCUAUCAUGUCGGUUCAAGAAAAGCAUCGAGGUAAAAAACCGAAAAGAAAUCUUUGAAGGAGUU